CUCCAGACAAAAAAUCAAGAAGGAUGGUUCGAUGUGUGCGUCUCUGGAGAGGAGAAUGGAAGAAGAGUGUGGAACAAGAGUGGGAUUUCUUGGCUGACCCAGAAGAUUUCGGUUAUAGGGUGAUAAUGAGUAAGACUGCGAGCUUUGAGGCACUGGACCAACUCGUACGCCGCCGUUACAGUCUCGGUCCUCGUACUCCGGUGGUCGUCUCUUACCGUCUGCCAAGCUGGUUGCUCGUCCCCCAUGGUAACAAGACACCUCCGUUGACGAUCUCAGACACUGCUCAACUCUCGAUGGUUCUGAAUGUGAGGGCCUGGUUGGAUGAGCUUUCUUUACUUGUCACAAUGGGAGCUAAGGGGGUGGCGGAGUACAAAUUCCUUUGCCGAACAACCUUUACUAUUGGCGCUACUACGUAUGUGUUUGACGAAACCGCAACGGAGAACUCAAGAGCCGCUUAUGAGAAGCGUGGAGCCCAAACUGAGAGGGUUAUGAAUGCCGUAUUUCCGGAGGAAGGAAUGCUCCAUUUUCACCGAGUUUCAUUGGAGAUGACCUUCGCAGACAACUUUCUGGAAAACAGGAAUCGUAGAACCCAACGAGGGCGGGAGAUAAUAGAGCUUGAUGAUGAUGAUGAUGAGAUGGCUGAUGGAACGCAAACUAAUGUGCCUACAGGGGCUUCCCCAUUGCUGCCUGAAGAAAGAGCUGACAAUCAGGUGAUGCUGACUGAUGAACUUGCUAAUGAGCAGUUGGCUGUUGCGUGCGAGCCAAAUGUUAGCAUGCCAACACAGAAUCAGAAUGUGGUUGGGGGGAAUGGGGGCAUGGAUAGCAAUGUCGCAAAUAAUACUGUGAUUAACUUUGGUACGGAAGAUGUUGGGUUUGAAGAUGGAGGAGGAUCAUCGACGAGGUCGACAGAUGUAAACUUGGUCCGUGGACGUCAUCAGGUCAGCAUGCCGACUAACAUGGUGGCGGACGAGAACUCCCCCAUGAUCCCUGAUCCAAACAGAGAGAUGGUAGCUGCUGAGGGGUUGGUAUUAGCUUCCACAGCUCCCGUAGGAAGUGCAGGCGACGGCCGUGGAGCCACUCUCCCACCUAUGAUGAAGAUAGCCAUGUGCUGCGCAGUGAAGGAGGCUGGAACGAGCGGGUAUGCCCAGAAGGCACCAGAGACUUCCUCUGAGGGGAGUACCACUGACGGUGGGUGUUGAGUGUUUG